CGGGCUCAGGGGCUGUUGAUUGUUUUCUCCCGGCGGCGCGUGCCCGUCAGUCAGAGUGCGCAGAUUGCUGUGGGGGGCUGCGCGCCUGGGUGGAGAGGAGAAGGCGGGGUCAGGUUGGCGGCGUGUGAGGGGGAAAUUGCCUUCAUCCUGAGAGGCUGGGAGGAUGGGGUGAGCUGCUGCGGCUGUUGCUGCUGACCCCGAGGGAGGGGGCUGCGCUUUCCUGUCAGCGGCCGCCGAGGUUCGGGCUGCCUGUCGGCCCGCUGCGUCCGGCGGGGGCCUCGAAUCGACGCCGCGGGCCUCUUUGAUGGGGCCGGGGAGGGGGAGAAGGAGAGUGAGGGUGAUGAUGGUGGGGGCCCGCUUGGGUCCGUUCCUCUAGGUCCCGACCUGGAAGCCGCCUUGGAGCAAGGCGGGGUACAACCUGUGUAAAGAACCUCAACAACAGCCCGUCCAACUUGCAGCCAGUCCGGUGUCCCGCCCCCCCCGCUUUGUUUUGUUUCCAGGGCCCCGCCCCCUUCUGGCUCCCUGGGCCCCUCCCCCGCCGCUGGGCACUGCCCCUCGGGAGGGGCUCCUGCGGAGAGAGGCGCCGGCGAGGCCCCGCCCACCCUCCUAGGCUCGGCCCCCCCCCCCCCGCCUGUGGCAUAGCAUCUCCCUGCCCUUGGCUCGCGCCGUGACAGCAACAGCAACAGCCGCCGCCCCGCCCACCCGGCAGGUGCGCGGAGUCCUGGCAGCCCGGCCCGCACGUGAGGAGAGCCCUCCGCACUCCUCCCUCCUCCUCCUCCUCCCCCCUGGCACGCCUGCUGUGCUGGUGCCCCGGCCCGGCUGCGACCCUGCCCAGAGCUCUUGCCAGCAGCAGCAGCAGCAGCAGCAGCCCCCGGGGACAGCCAUGGGCGACCAGGGAGAUGGCGGCGACGUGAACUCCAACCUGCUCAUCACCUACAGCACCGGCGACUCGCAGCUGGACAAGGCCAUCUGGCAGUGGCUCACCUGGGACAAGAAUCCUAAAACAAAAGAGCAAAUUGAAAACCUGUUACGAAAUGGAAAGAAUAAGGAGCUACGGGACCGUCUGUGCCGCAGGCUUACUUUUGGGACUGCUGGACUCCGUUCUGCCAUGGGGGCUGGCUUUUGCUACAUCAAUGACCUUACUGUGAUCCAGUCAACGCAGGGGAUGUACAAAUACCUUGAGAAGUGUUUUUCAGACCUGAAGCAACGAGGUUUUGUUGUUGGAUAUGACACACGAGGCCAGGUGACCAGCAGCUGCAGCAGUUUAAGGCUUGCAAAGCUCACAGCAGCAGUCCUGCUUGCUAAGGGUGUACCUGUCUACUUGUUCUCAACGUAUGUCCCCACACCUUUUGUGCCCUAUGCGGUCCAGCAGCUCCGAGCUGUAGCUGGUGUGAUGAUCACGGCUUCCCAUAACCGUAAGGAAGACAAUGGGUACAAGGUCUACUGGGAAAAUGGUGCCCAGAUCACCUCUCCUCAUGAUAAGGAGAUCCUGAAGUGUAUAGAAGAAUGCACUGAGCCAUGGAAUGACUCCUGGAAUGAGAAUCUAGUGGAUACCAGCCCUCUGAUACGAGACCCUCUGCCAAAAAUCUGUGCGAGCUACAUGGAGGAUUUGAGGAAGAUCUGUUUCCACCGGGAGCUGAAUGCUAAGACCAACUUGAAGUUUGUCCAUACGUCUUUCCACGGGGUUGGGCACGACUAUGUGCAGCUGGCUUUCCAGGCGUUCGGCUUCCAGCCUCCCAUCCCAGUUCCUGAACAGAAAGACCCAGAUCCAGACUUCUCCACUGUGAAAUGUCCAAACCCUGAAGAAGGCGAAUCUGUUCUGGAAUUGUCUCUGCGGCUCGCCGAGAAGGAAGGUGCCAGGGUGGUGGUGGCAACUGACCCUGAUGCAGACAGGCUGGCUGUGGCAGAGCUGCAGGAGAAUGGCCGUUGGAAAGUCUUCACUGGCAAUGAACUGGCAGCUUUGUUUGGCUGGUGGAUGUUUACUUGCUGGAAGGAGAAUUGCUCCAAAGCUGCUGACGUCAAAAAUGUUUACAUGCUGGCGACAACCGUCUCCUCUAAGAUUCUGAAAGCCAUUGCGCUCAAAGAAGGAUUUCACUUUGAAGAUACCCUCCCUGGGUUUAAGUGGAUUGGAAGUCGAGUCAAAGACCUCCUAGACAACGGCAAAGAAGUGCUCUUUGCCUUUGAAGAGUCCAUCGGCUUCAUGUGUGGCACAUCUGUGUUGGACAAAGAUGGCGUCAGCGCAGCCGUGGUGAUGGCUGAAAUGGCUGCCUAUUUGGAUACCAAGAGCCAGAUGCUGGCACACCAGCUAACAGAAAUAUAUAAAAGGUAUGGCUAUCACAUUUCAAAAACCUCCUAUUUCCUGUGUUAUGAUCCUCCUACUAUCAAAAGGAUAUUUGAAAGGCUCCGAAAUUUUGAUUCGCCUAAUUCUUACCCAGCACUUUGUGGCACUUACGGUAUUUUGCACGUCCGAGAUGUCACCACUGGAUAUGACAGCAGCCAGCUUAAUAAGAAGUCGGUGCUGCCUGUGAGUAAAAACAGCCAGAUGAUCACCUUCACUUUUCAAAAUGGUUGCAUUGCCACCCUACGGACAAGUGGAACUGAACCAAAGAUCAAAUAUUAUGCAGAGAUGUGUGCACCGCCCAAACAGAGUGACAUCACCUUCUUGGAAGAGGACUUGCAGAAACUCAUUGAGGCCCUGGUUGAGAAUUUUCUGGAGCCCAGUAAGAAUGGACUGAUCUGGCGCUCUGUGUAGCCCUUCGGCUGCCCUGAUGUUAAGAGAAGUCACUCCAUGCACUGCGUCACGUGGAACAAAGGAACCAAGACGAUUACUCCUCUUUGCUUUAAUUUAGUGUGUGUGUGUGUGUGUGUGUGUGUGUGUGUGUGUGUGUGUGUGCGUGCGCGUGCGCAUGCAUGCACCUGCGUGUGUGUAUCUCCGUGUUCCUUAGCCAGUGUACCUGUUUUGGAAGCAGUAUCUCUUGGCCAGUUUUCUGUCCAAAGUGGUGAACCUGGCAAGCGGCUUGCCAUGCAGCUUUAUGGAUCCCGUUGGGGAUGCUCAGCCCCCCCAAGAGCCUACAGGAGGAGGCUGGGCAGCUUCGGAGAGAGUGGCGCCAAAGUCGUCCUCUUCCGCCUCCAGAACUCUCUGCAGAUGCAGCCCCGGUGAGUUUCCUGGGUUCCAGCUUGUAUUCGGCCCAUUUCAGGUGUCCAGAUUCUCUGACUUGCGCAGGCCCUUGGCAACUGUCGGACUUGGUGAGUUGCAAAAGGGCGACGGACUGGACAAAAGGUCCUGCUUCUUCGUAGCUGUUUUGAGUGUGUCUUGACUGUCCUGUUGAGUCUUAGUUUUCUGAGUGUUCAGUAGAGCCAGUACUUGGGCCUUUCUCGCUUAGUCCUGGUUGUUUAGUAGUCAUGAAGUUUCCAGCUCUUUCAGCCUGCCCUUCUUAUUCUGAAAGGUGCUCUUUGUGCGUUGUGUUCUUCUUGGUCUGUAUAUUUGCUGAAGUUUACUCAACAGUGCAACAGUAGUGGCAUGCGCUUUAGCUUGCAGGUUGCCUGCAUGGGGGCCAAGCAGAUGGGUUGUUGGAGAACCCCCCGAUUUACUUCUCCUUUUUAAAAAUUCAAAGCAGCUGUGGAUCUAUUUGGAGAUUGGCAAACCGGCAUGGUGGAAAAGGAUAACCCCCCUUUCCUUGAUUAAAAUUAGCAGCUUCCCUGCCAGGAGUGGCUCAUCCUCAUAAGCUCGGUGGGGGUGCCCCAAAGGAGGCACAGCUGCCUCCUCUGCUUCCUGGAGCUCCGUUGGGUCCUCUCUAUCUCUCCCCUGCCCUGCCUGAGAGUUGUGCUGCCUGUAGGCUGGCCAUUCAUCAGGUAGAGCUGUGCAGUUAAGCUCCACCUGAUGGAAGGCCAGCCUGCAGGCAGUGUAGGUCAGGAGAGAGGAGCAAAUGGAGCUCUGGGAAGCAGAGGCAGCAGCUGUGCCUCCUUGGGUGCUGCCUCCUGGCUCCUUAGGGUGAGCUGCUUCCCCCGCCCUCCGGCAGCUGCUUUGGGGCGAAGAAAAACUGAUGGGGAGCUCCCAUUACCCACUCACAUCUGUUCUGGGCCUUGCGGGGCCUGCCUUCUGACCUGGGUGCAGCUUUGGGGUUCUAAGGGAUCCAAGCUAUUCCAGAGUAGCUGAAGGUGUCUGUGCCAAUUUUGCCUUCACCCACCCACUUCCCUUUCUCAGAAGAGAAAAUGUUUCUUUGGAAGACCCCGACUAGACUAAGAACCUCUAGACAGGAAGCAAGUAGUCGUUGUGGAACUAGACCCUGACAAACAGCAGCCCCUGUCAGCUACCAGAGGGCUGUAGUGGAGGCCUGUCCCCCUCUCUGUUGGGCAGAGGGGGGCUCUUGCCACCAAGGGGGGUGUUGGGCAUCUCAGAAGCCAACCAGACCCAACGGAAGUGCUCCACACACAGGGGACUCCACUUCCGUCGGGUCUCUUGGGUCUUCUGAGUGGGCCGUUGCCCCAGGCUGCCUCUUGAUGCUGGAACAUCUUGAACGUGACGCUGCCGUCCACCCUUGGGUGGUCAAGGCGAGAGGAGGCCUGGCUACAGCUCAGGAUUGCACUUGGAGGGAGUUUGUUCCAGACAAGGGAAGUGGAGAACUAGGGCCUUGGUUUCUGUUAAAACUGACCAAGUCAACUGCUGACAUCCAACCCCCCAACCCUGCCGCCCCCCGGAGCAUUCCCUAGUCUGGCGCUGCCCAUUAUGUGAGUAGGACACUAAUGCCUGCUCUGCUCACUAGGUUUUCAAAGUGCUCUUUCUCCUCUAGAGACUUCUUUCAGGUAAAGACCCUUUGAGCUGGCCGAGUGAAAGGCCAGGUUUAGGCAACCCCAUUGGUCUGGCGUUGCCACUACUGUUGGAGUUGUCCUCCUUUUUCCUCUCUAAACCCUUCUUGGGUUGAAUUUAGUUAGAGGGCCCAGGUGACUUCUGGGCUUGAAACCCAGCUAGGCCAUCUGGGGGGUGAGACGGCAUUUCUUGGCCAUGAUAUGGUGGGGACUUGGGGCAACGGAAUUCGUGCCGACUGAGCGUCUGCUCUGUGGCCUCACAAAAGGACCUUUGCUGUAUCUGAAUGUAUGUGGAGAGCAGGCAGUUGCUGGGGUUGCACGGGCGUCCUGGGACCCCAUUCGCCAGGAUCUCUUUCUGGGUGCAUCCCCUUGACACUUCUUAUUUCAUGGAGCACGUGCAAGGGAUGUUCCUGAUGGAUCUUGUCCGCAACUUGCACACAAUAUGUAUUUAUUUUUUUGUUUUUAUUUAAAGCUGAAUGCCUUCCAGGUCAUUUGAGUGAAAUGUAUUGAAUGCCAAAAAGUUUUUUUUUUUUUAAACUCUUGUUUUGUUUUUUUCCUUUUUUGUUGACUGUGUGUUUUGAAACUGCUGCAGGGUAGAGAAGGAAAAUGUAUGGGAAAGCCAUGAAAUGACAGGACUGCCCCAGUGUAUGUGCUGGAAGGCAUCGAAAGAAGUUGGGGGCAAAUCUUUGCCACUUAACUAUGGAGGGAGCAGAAUCUAAGGCCUCAGCACUCCUCCCCCCCUUCUUCUUUCACUUGUUUUGAAAGAGAACAAUCUUUCUCUUACGCGAACAAACAAAUCUGAUGGAAGAACAAACAUGUACGUAUACUGGCAAGUGGCUUAGAAUGGAAACCCACAAACUCCAAAAGCUUAACCUUCUCUGGAACGAACAAGAAGUUAAGAAGGAGAGUGACUCAUAGUCCCCCCCAUCCCAGACAAGGGAAGGAGGAAUGUGGCCCUAGUUUUGCAUAUGGUGCCCCCAGAAAGUUGGCUUAUUUAAGGGUUUAAUACUUGCUGUUAAAACUGCUGCUACUCGUGUGUUUUCUCUAUUCAGGAUGCUUGAAUAUCCAUCCAAUUCCAUUUGGGGAAGCUAUCUUAAUCCCCCCCCCCACAUCAUCUUUACCUCGCUGAUGAGUGGCAUGGGGUACUUGUGGUGUUCCCACACUCGUUUCCAGUGGAGCCUCCCUUGUUUGAUGACAAAAAUACUUAAAGCUUGUUAUAAAGGACAACUAUCAGAAACCUCUUGUGGCUUGGCUAAAUGUUUACAAUGCCUUUUUCUUUCCAAGUUCUUAGUGUGGAGGAAUUUUACCAGGUUGAUGUAUGACAAUUGAUUUGCUCGUGCAUUUUUGUUAAACCAAAACCUUGCAUCUUCUAUGACUACAUUUCCUUUUUUGCACUGUUUAGGGGAUCUUUGUCCUAUGAAAGUCUGUAGCAUAAUCUUUAGACCUAUGUGAGAUUAGAAUAUAGGUUCUUUUCUAAAGCUCAUGGAGCUUGCAAGUUGGAAAUAUUUAUAAUACACCUCGACUGCUUCCUUGACAUGUGCAUAAUUGGAGCGAAUGUCCACUUUCCCACCCAGUAAGAAAAUGUCUUAACUCUGGCCACAAAUGGUAGCGGUUGUGUGGGUGGGCAAGGGAGCCACCUUUCCCUACCAGUUUCCAAAAAUUCGAACCCUUGUGUCAUCUUCAUUGUGAAGCAGCCUUCCCUUCUGGUGUACACACAAGCCUGUGGGUAAGAUCCAGCCAUGGAGCCCUCGCAAACCAAGAGAGGCUCGUCUGCUGUCAACCAUGGCAGGAGAACGCGGCCUAUGCUCUAGCCAGCCACAGAAGCAUCGUGUGCCUCUGUGGCUCUGAGUCGCAAGCGGUAUGUUCAGUCCCUCUUGAUCCAGUGUCUUGAAAGAACCCUCUGGGACUUCAGUCCAGAUCUGGAAGCAACGUGAAGGACUCCCUUUGGGCCUUGUCAGCCCUGCUCCCUGAGCUACUGGAAGGAAGUCUUCAGCCUAGAGGAUUGAAGCCUCCCGGGGCAAGCUCUUUGAGGGCUGCAGUGACGACAUGGCUGGGGAGGGGGGCAUGGUAUCUGACCCCCGCCCCCGGCAGUUUGAGGGUUCAGCUGCCCAGGCUGAAGGAGUUGGCCAUCACGGAGUUGGCUUCAAACAUGCAGUAACACAACUUCAAGCCGUUGCUUAUGCAGAGAAGGAGCUCCCUGUCCUGUGAGUUGUUCCUUGAGAGGAGUAGAGCCUCUUAACUGGCUGCAGUGAUUUAGCCAUUGGGUGACAGUUCUCCCUAAUUGUAGCUCACCCCAUCCUGAUUCAGCUGGGUGGGGGUGGGGGGGGAGAGUUGGGACACCAGUCAUGGUGUGGCAUUCAAGGCUUCACUCCUUCCAAACAGUGCCAAAGUCCGUAGAGAUUUCAGAUAACAAUGAAGUAUUCUGGUAAUCUUCCAUUCUCUCUGUGUUAAGCUUUGGCUAAUGCCAAGACUUCCCAGUCUCCUUUUUACCGGGCAUGUAUUGACUGGUUCAGAAGGGUGUCUAGCUAUUUGCUUCCUCUUUGGGUGAGAUGUUCACCUCCCUGGGUGUUAGUGCAGACAGGCUGAUGUUAGAGGAGUGCCGCUUGCAAGGACCACUCUGGCGUGACGUGCACAGGAGCCUCUCCUUUGCUCACGCCAUGCCUCUUUGUGCCUGGUCUGAAGGAAGGGUAUGUGUGGUCCUCUGUGGGAAGCCCCCCUUUUGUGCCCGUCUGUAGGCGUCCUUCAGAGCCCCGGACACUGCCCCUCUGGCACUUGGCAGCAGCAUCCACGUUGGGCCACUCACAAGUUGGGACCACAGUAGGGGUGUAGAGGGUGUGGGGUUUUUUUAGGAAUGGAGGGUGCUGUUGGGUGUGUGAGAUAAUUUAAAAGACACACACACUACCCUUCAUUCAUGACAGUAUGUUUGUGACCUGCAUACCCAAAUGCAAAACAGUAGUGAAGUGAGACUUCCCUCAUUGUGUUAAUAACCUUGUUCUUCUCUGCAUUUGUUUGGUAGCUCCCAGCUCCUGCGCUGGAAAGGUGGGUGUGCAUUUGACAUGUGCACCAUGCAACCCAUCCUUUGCUCUUCCGGGUGUCUUCCUUUUCAGAAUUAGCUACUUUUCAGCCAGGAGGUUGUAAUCUUGGCCUUCUCUCAGUUCAGAUAGAAAUUCAGCAUGGUGCCAGAGAACCUCCUCCGUGCAUUUCUUUACUUUCAAAUGCCCUUUUCCUCCAAAGAGACAAUGGGUGUAUUAUAAAUAUGAACUUAAAAUUUGCACUUUGAUUAUCUUGGAAGUAUUUUAGUGUCUGGAUUUAUGAUGUGAUUUUGGUUGAAUGACGUGUUAAGUUAAUAAAACAUUCUCUUUA